UGACGUAGUACACAGGAACGCCCCGAGAGACGCUAACAGGAAGCAUGCGAAAAAGCCGUAAAGAGUCAAGUAUAACAAAAACACUUCAAAUAUCCGGAAAAACAGAAAGUUCAAUAUUUAGUUGAUGAGAUCGUGGAACCCGCAUAUUUAAAAAAUAAUAAUAAUAAUUAAUUCGUGAAUCCUGAUACAUUUUAAUACAAUAUGCAGCUUAUUUAUCCUGGACUUGACCUGACAGACCGGUCAGUGCUGAUUAGAAGGAAUGCUCACAGCUAAGUCAAGAGUAAAAUAGUGAAAAACAGAAGUCCUCAGUCCUCAGAAGAGCUACCUCAAAGGCAAUGGCUGAAACGGAAAUAAAAGUCGCCUUCGUGAGCAACCUCAACGGCACGACGCUGACGGAAGUGUCUCUCGGAUCCUUCCUCGCCCCACUCUGUCUUCUCGGCCGAGGCUUGUUCGUACUAGUGUUUCACCUGAAUAAAGGUGUUCUCCCUCUCAGCAGCAGUGCUCACCUGCUUUUGGAUUUCACUCUGCUCAUAACACCGCUGGUCCUCUCAUGCACUGUCCUUAGUGACAUCCUUCAUUGGGUUGUAUUAGUUAUAGCUGUCACUGAUAUUUGUGCAGUUUCUAUAUUGUACUCAAAAAGGAAUAAAAAGCAUGCCAGUCAUCAGAGUUUGAUUGACAGAUUUGAACACAGCCAUGUCGAGUCCAAACUGGUGCCUUUUUUGACCGCGUUCAGGGUGCUGGUCAACGUCAAGACGGCUAUCAGCAUCCUAGCUGUGGACUUUAGUGUAUUUCCGAGACGAUACGCCAAAACUGAGACGUACGGGACAGGGGUUAUGGACUUCGGAGUCGGAGCUUAUGUUAUGGCCAAUGCAAUGGUGUGUCCUGAAGCUAGAGGGAAAAAAGUACAGGGUUCGAAACUGAGCCAUUUGGCGAAGCAGAUUUGCUCCGUCUGGCCCCUGGUUGUGCUUGGGUUUGCAAGGCUGGCGAGCGUGAAAUCGACAGGCUAUCACGAACACGUCACCGAAUACGGGCUGCACUGGAACUUCUUUUUCACUUUAGCCAUAGUGAGAGUGGUGGCUUCGGCUAUACUCGCCGUGUUUCCCAUCAACAUCUCCUGGCUCUUGUCCUUGCUGAUCAGUGGAGCUUACCAAGUCGUCUUAGAGACAACAGAUCUGAAAUCAUUUCUCACUCAGAACACUGAGCGCAGUAGCUUCGUGCAAGCCAAUAAAGAAGGAAUAUUCUCUGUAGUGGGUUACGUCGCUGUCUACAUGGCUGGAGUUCAGGUUGGUGUCUAUCUAAUGCAAGCUAGAACUCUGGUCAAGGACUGGAUACGAGUUAUCCGGAACCUUCUCCUGGGAAGCUUUGGGCUCUGGGUUGCUUUACAUGCCUGUCAGAUGCACUUAGAGCCGGUUUCACGUCGCAUGGCCAACCUGCCGUUCUGUAUAUGGACCAUAGCACAGUCCUUGUUUUUUCUUUCCUGUUUGGGCAUAGCUGAUAUUGCAUUGCUUUUUGCCAAAGUGGUGUCCAAUUUCUCUGCUGUGUCAACCUCCUGGAAUCCUCAUCGUCGUUCAGAAACAGAACGGAAAAUAGGGAACAAACUGAACGCGCUGUGUUUAAUUCAGUCUGUGAACAGGAAUCAGCUGCUGUUUUUCCUGCUGGCGAAUGUAAUGACCGGAUUAACUAACAUACUCGUAGACACUUUGAAAAGCAACGACUUCUUUGCGGUUUGUGUUUUACUGUCUUACAUGUUCAUAAACAGUUUAAUUAUAUUCAUUUUCCAUCUGAAUAAUAUUACAAUUAAAUUUUGGUGAUUUUUUUUUCCCCUUGUUUUAAUCAGUUUAGAUUAAUCACUGCUGUGAAGAUAUCAUUUGAACAAGAUUGUUGGUAAUAAUUAUGACCAAGCUGUUAUGUAUUUAUCACUUUGUGAUAUAUCAAAUAAAAUAUUUAAAGUGAGCUCAUACAA